UUAAAGAGUAGUGAUUGUAAGUUUUAAUAAUGUACUUUACCGUAUGUCUUUAUUUUAUUCCUUUUUAGCUCUAUAUUUUCUCUUCCUCAGUAACUCCUCCCCUGCAUUCCUGUGUGUCUGGGCCGUGAGGAGGAGCAGCAGGAGGGAAGAAAAGGGAAGAGAGGCUGCUGGGAGCUGCCUGUGGACCCAUGAAGAAGAGAGGAGAUGAUAAACAACAAUAACAACAAAAACAACAACAAUAAAAACGAGACUCAGCUUCGGUCUUGCUGCUGCAGCUUCCACACAUAACCCACAUUUAUCCCUCGAGUCUGCACCAACAGGACGUGCCUCUGGAAGUUGUUGGGAACUUUUUUGACGGAUUUUUUCUAGCUGGGGUUUGGUCCUUCAGUCUGCAACGAAACCCUUUACGACUUGGAGGAGAGAAUAAACCAGCAAGAAAACGACCAAAGACAAAGACAGUUCGUGUGAAACCAUGGAAAUCCUAGACAGUAGUGAACAGCUUUUACACUGGGACAGGAACCUGAGUGAACUGUCUGAGGCCGGGGAGAUCGACUGUGUGCUCAACACCAAUCACUUCUCCGAGUUCCUAGAUGACCUCUCCCAGGAUGCUUUGCUCGGCCAGCUGCUCAGCGACCCCUUCCUGUCCGGAGUGAGAGGCGGCGGGGAGGCGAUGGAGGGGGAGGACGGGGGAGACUUGUCCCCGUCUUCCCCGCUGCCUCCUCACAUCACAGCUGAGCACAGCUACUCGCUCUGCGGGGACAGCCGACCUCAGUCGCCACUGUCACAUCUGACCGGAGAGCAUGGCAGUGAAGCAGAGUCUGACGGAGAUUCAGCCGAGUGGCCGAUGGAGCAGGACGAGGCCAUCGACAGCCUCCUGUGUGAGACCCCCUCCCUCCUCCCCACCCUCUCCCUCUCCCUGACCACAGCGGGGACCCCAGCACCUGAGGGCCCAGCUGUGGCCCCCGCUGCUGCUUCUCCCACCACCCCAACUCCGCCCGCAGUGAACAGCAGCAGCCUGGGCAAGGGCAUCAAGAUUAAGGAGGAGAAUAUCAUCCCACAGAUAAAACUGGAACCUCAUGAGGUCGACCAGUUUCUCAAUCUCUCACCAAAAGGUCUAGAGUCCCUUCAGAUGCCCCCCACUCCUCCCAGCUCUCAUGGCAGCGACUCAGAGGGCAGCCAGAGCCCCGUCCACGCCCCACCCGGCCUCUCCUGCCCCACCUCCCCCACCAGCCCUCCCCCAUCACAGGCCAGCCUGAAGGUGUCGCCCCGCGCCGCUUCAUGUCUCUCAAACUCCCCUCUCCUCACAGCCCCUCAUAAGCUGCAGGGGUCCGGCCCGUUGAUCCUGACUGAAGAAGAGCGCCGCACGCUGGUGGCUGAAGGUUACCCCGUCCCCACCAAACUGCCACUCACCAAAGCUGAGGAGAAGGCGCUGAAGAAGAUCCGCAGGAAGAUCAAGAAUAAGAUUUCAGCUCAGGAGAGUCGCAGGAAGAAGAAAGAGUACAUGGACACUCUGGAGAAGAAGGUGGAGACGUGCUCCAAUGAAAACCACGAGCUGCGCAGGAAAGUGGAAACUCUGGAGUGUACCAACAAGUCUCUUUUGCAGCAGCUUCAGUCUCUCCAGGCCAUGGUAGCUGGUAAAGUUUCCAAAUCCUGCAGAGCAGCCGGUACCCAGACCUCCUCAUGCUUGAUGGUGGUCGUUUUGUGUUUCGCUCUGUUUCUGGGGAGUUUUUACCCGACCAGUUUGACUCCAGGCUCCAGCAUCACUGAAACCGGCCUCACAUCCAAACAGCCGGCUGUCGAAGAGUCGUACACAGCUACAGUCAAAUCGAGGAGUCUGUUAUCGACCUUCGAGGACGAACAGCCUCACCUCCUCGGUCUGGGUGGAGAAUAUCCGGACCAAUGGGAGGACACACCAGCCGUCGUCAUGGCAGCGUGGCGUCGCUCAGAGCAACAGAAACUGGCAGUAGUGGAGCCCAGCAGGGUGGAGACACACCCGCCUUUCAGGAGUAAAAACAACGAUACACAGACAUCAAAAAACCUGCUCAUGGAUAUGCACAGGUCUCUGGAGCAGCGAGCGAAUGAGAGCAGAAGUAAAGUGAUAGAGCUGGAGCGGACGGUCAAUGAGACCUCCUGAGGGUUAUACGCACACACCCCCCCUCCUCUUAACCCCACGAUGACCUCCCCUUCCUCCUCUCUGGAGCAUGGUUCAGUGUCCUGGAGUAAACCUCAUACAGUAGUUCCCACUGCUGAUCGUUUAAGGUCAUUUUUUCUACCAUCCCUGCUCAAUCAGAUACACUGUAAUAGAAUUAAUAAAUAUUAUUAGUAGGGUGAACUAAAAGGCACUGGUUGCCUUCAUAUCUGAAGUAAAGUUGCACUGAAUAGUUUUUACAUGAGUCAACUUCCCAGUUGUAUCUGUUGUCUGAAUUAACACGCCUUAAAAUGCUGUUUAAAUUAAGUAAUUCAUAACACCUAUGAGAAAAUGUAGCAGCAUUCAGUCAAGUGUAGAAAAUUAAAAUAAGUCAAGUGGGGCUUUUUACAGGACACUGAUAGAGAACCUUUGUAUUUAUAGAAACCUUUUUUGUUUCGUUUUUCAUAAAAAUAUUGCUCUUUUUAGUUUCUUUUAUUGUUAAAUGUUUUUAUUUCAUUCCAGUGACGCAAACAUGCAAUUUUGAUAUUCUUUUAUGUUUAUAUUGUAUUUUUAUUCUUUUAUAUAUUGUACAUUUUUUCUUUGCCUGAGGGCUUAGCUUGGGUUUCUGUGCUAAUUUCUGACAAGAAUAAAGAAUUUAAUUUGUUUUUGUAUUAAACCAAAAAUAAAUAUUGUAGCUCCUGCUUGUA